AUCAGUCACACCAAAGUGUCACACAGUCAGCCGGGUAGCCGCCAAAUUACUGUUUGUUGUUUGUAAACUUUGUUCAAGUUACAGCAAGUUUAUUUUGACCUUAUCUUAUAAGAAUUCUCAGCUUUACUUCUGUGAUAGUGUAAUACCAUUGACCUUCGAAAUCGUAGUUUUAUAUUUAAUUUUAAUUUAAUAAACAUAAAAUGCCUAGAGUAAAAAUUGAUUAUAUCGUCAGUUUUAGCAGUGAAGAUCCUGAGCACCCGGCUAGCAACCUGUUGAACUUGGAAGUCAGCAAGAAGAAGUGGCUGUGUGCCAAGGGUGAGACGACAUGUUCUGUAGUGCUGCAGCUGCCAAGAGCUGUCAAGAUAUCCAGUUUAAACAUAGGAGCCUACCAUGCAGCCUUAGUGGAAGUAUUAGUAGGAAGAUCAGAAUCAACAAAUGAACAAUAUCAGGUGCUGGUGCCGAGCUGCGUGUUUCUGUCGCGCGAGGAGUCGCGGCGCGGCGCCGAGCCGGCGCGCGUGCGCUCGUUCUCCGGCGAGCAGCUCGCGCAGCCCGCGCGGGACAUGCGCUGGGACCGCCUGCGAGUCAUAUGUUCCCAACCACACAACAAACACUGCCAGUUUGGCCUGUCUUUCGUGCAUAUUGACGAGGCUGAGAGCAGCGCACCCACGGGCGUACCUCAGCGACUACUGGCACUAGACACCUUUUCUUCAGAUGAGGAUGAUUUCAAGCCAGGAGAACUAUUUGCUAAACACCUUCAGAAGACAAAUACUGAGGAUGUGCCUCCUCCCAGUAAUACUGGUGCUCAAAUAAGGCAAGCGACAUCACAAGCUCUAAAAAAUAUAUCUGACUCUUCGACAAAACUUAUGAAGAAUCCAAUUAACAGACCGAGCGGUAGCUCCAAUGACAACAAAGCUAGUACAUCGCGGCGACCGGACGUACAAGUCCGACAGCCUGGGCCCCGCCAGGACGAAGGGGCCCCGCCCCGCCACGCGGCUCAGACAAGUGCGCCCGCAGAGACGAGUAGGUCAGCGAAGAAACCAAACAGAGACAGCGAGAAGUCAUCAGCAGACCAGAACAGAGAUAUAAAAACAAAGAAACGCGUGCGCUCCGAGAGCCAGGAGCGACCAGCCGUGCCGACAGAAUGUUUGCUGAGUGGCGCCACAUUGGUGCUGAGCGGGUACGUCAACCCACACCGCGCCGCCGUGCGACAGGACGCGCUGGCACUGGGGGCCCGCGUACUGCCCGACUGGGGGCCCACCUGCACGCAUCUCAUCUGUGCGUUCCCCAACACGCCGAAGCUGCGCGCGGUGCGGGCGGGCCCCGGCGGGCGCGCGGUGCCGGCGGCGCGCGCGGAGUGGCUGGCCGCGUGCCGCGCGCGCCGCCGACUGCUGCCCUGGCAGUGGUUCGCCACGGAGCCCGAGCGACGCAUCGCACCGGACGAAGAGCCCCCACACGACGUCGACUCCGAGCGCGACACGGACGAUGAAAUCGAAGAAGUACUACGAGAUCAAAAGAAACGGCGAACGGAGGCGAGCCCGGUGGAGCUCCGAGACGACAGCGACAGCGACGGGCAGUCCACGGACGAGCCCGGCCCCGCGGCCUCGCCCCCGCCGCCCGGCGCCGGCGCGCUGCCCGCCUUCCUGGACGGCUGCACGUUCUCGCUGCGCGCCGCCAGCGCCGCCGCCGCGCCCCGCCUGGCGCGGUACGUGCGCGCGUACGGCGGCGAACUGCUCGACGACGGCGACGCGACUGACGGCGCGACUGAUGGCGCGACUGACGGCGCGACUGACGGCGCGCACUACGUGCUGGACGCGCGCGGCGCGGCGUGGCUGGCGCGCUGUCACGCCGCGCAGACACGGCUGCCCUACCCCUGACUUCAUUAUUUCAGAUUAUAUAAUCUUUAUAAAGA